ACACUCAAACAAACAUAGCUUCUAUUUUCUCCAAUCAUUUGACUCAGUCUCUAUCACUCACUAGGAUAGUAGGAUUGCUCUGUCCUUAACCACUCACCUCCACUCCACCGGACUGCCAUCGCCGUGAUGGCGUCUUUGGCCGUCACCUCCGCCGUGAACCCCCGUUUCCGGCCACUCAUUUCUCCCAACCACCGUCUCCCCUUCCCUCGCCCCCUCCAAUUCAACCUCACAAAAACCGACCUCCUAAUCACUAAGAACCAUAAAAGAAACAAUGUGAAGCGGUUGCGUCAUAUAGUAAAGGCCUCGGCUUCCGGAGCUUCCGCGGCUCCCGGCGCGGCGCCGGCUCAGCCGUGGGAAGGCGCCGCGAUUAAGCCGCUCGUGGCGUCCAUCGCGACGGGCGUGAUUCUCUGGUUCGUCCCGCAGCCCGGCGGGGUUUCGCGGAGCGCGUGGCAGUUACUGUCGAUUUUCCUGGCCACAAUCGUGGGGAUCAUCACGCAGCCGCUGCCGCUCGGCGCGGUGGCGCUGAUGGGGCUCGGCGCGUGCGUGCUCACGAAGACGCUCACGUUCGCCGCCGCGUUUUCCGCUUUCGGCGACCCCAUCCCCUGGCUAAUCGCGCUCGCGUUCUUCUUCGCCCGCGGGUUUAUCAAGACCGGGCUGGGCAACCGAAUCGCCUACCAGUUCGUCUCGCUCUUCGGGAGCUCCUCGCUCGGCCUAGGGUACAGUUUAGUCUUCAGCGAAGCCCUGUUAGCGCCGGCGAUCCCCUCCGUGUCCGCACGCGCCGGCGGGAUUUUCUUGCCGCUGGUGAAAUCGCUCUGCGCGGCUUGCGGGAGCAACGCCGGCGACGGGACGGAGCACAAAUUGGGCGCGUGGCUCAUGUUAACUUGCUUUCAGACUUCCGUAAUUUCGUCCUCUAUGUUCUUGACCGCCAUGGCUGCAAAUCCUUUGAGCGCUAAUUUGACUGCCACUACGAUAGGGCAGACUAUUGGGUGGAUGGAUUGGGCCAAAGCGGCCUUUGUUCCCGGUCUAGUUUCUCUCUUUGUGGUGCCAUUGCUGCUGUACAUUGUGUAUCCCCCAACGGUGAAGAGUAGCCCUGAUGCCCCUAAGCUUGCCAGAGAGAAAUUGGAGAAGAUGGGGCCAAUGUCUUUGAAUGAGAUCAUAAUGGCUGCAACUCUGCUUCUUACGGUGGGUCUUUGGGUUUUUGGCAGCGUGUUAAAUAUAGACGCUGUUACUGCAGCAAUUCUCGGGCUAACUAUCCUCCUGGUGACUGGAGUAGUCUCGUGGAAGGAAUGCUUAUCUGAAGCAGUUGCUUGGGAUACCCUGACUUGGUUUGCGGCGCUCAUUGCCAUGGCGGGUUAUCUAAACAAGUAUGGCCUAAUUUCCUGGUUUAGCGAAACUGUUGUCAAGGUUGUUGGUGGAUUAGGCCUGUCAUGGCAGCUAUCGUUCGGGAUCCUGGUUCUCCUAUAUUUCUACUCCCACUACUUUUUUGCGAGCGGGGCUGCUCACAUUGGGGCGAUGUUCACUGCAUUCUUAUCUGUCGCUAGCGCUCUUGGCACGCCCCCGUACUUGGGAGCCCUUGUGCUGUCGUUCCUCUCGAACAUCAUGGGCGGGCUCACCCACUAUGGGAUUGGAUCGGCGCCUGUGUUUUAUGGCGCGAACUAUGUCCCCCUUGCCAAAUGGUGGGGGUAUGGGUUCUUAGUCUCUGUGGUUAAUCUCAUCAUCUGGCUUGGAGUUGGAGGGAUUUGGUGGAAAGCCAUUGGGUUGUGGUGAUGAUGGCUUCUUUAGAUGGGCAAGUAGUUUUGUAUUCUUUGCCUUGAAAGGUUGAGUUUUAGUGGGGAGAGAUGUAGUGGAUGAUGCUUUUUGCACAUAGUUGGAGUUGUUUAUACUUUGGAAGUUCAGGUUUGUAUGCGAAUUAUUUAUACAGAAAGAAACUUCAAUUUGUACAAUUCUUUAUUUUUCUCAUAUUUUCCCGUAUUAAUUCAGAUUCAGUUCGAGUCGAA